CACUUUUUAUCUCCUGUUCUUAACUAAUUUUCUUAAUCUCUUUGGAUUAAUUAAGAGGGGAAUUGAGAUAGAAGGAUUGAGAGUAUAAUUCCAAUAAAUGGAGAACUUGUUAGGGCUCCUGAGGGUGCGGGUGGUCAAAGGGAUCAAUCUCGCCUAUCGUGAUGCCACCGGAAGCGAUCCUUACGUUGUCGUUCGCAUGGGUAAUCAGAAAUUGAAGACUAGCGUGAAGAAGAACAAUGUCAAUCCAAUUUGGAAUGAAGAUUUGACUCUCACCGUUUCAAAUCCUCUUCAGCCAGUGAAACUUAAAGUAUACGACAAGGAUACCUUCAGUCGCGAUGACAAAAUGGGAGAUGCGGAGAUCGACAUUGAGCCGUUCGUGGAAGCUGUGAAGAUGAACCUAUCUGGGCUCCCUAAUGGCACCACAAUAAGGAGAGUGUAUCCCAAUAGGCAAAACUGCUUGGCGGACGAGAGUGGCAUCGUGUGGAGAGAUGACAAGGUGGUGCAGGACAUCAUACUUAGGCUCAGAAAUGUCGAGAGUGGCGAAUUGGAGCUACAACUGAUGUGGAUUAGCAUACCAGGCGCUGCGGGCUUUUAGGACGAUGAUAUGUAUCUUGCAAGUUCAAUUCCCAAAGCCUUAUUUACUUGUUCUCCUCCAUUGUAUCAAAUUUU